ACGCUAAUAGGGCUAACAGUUGCAUUGAAGCAACAUUGCUUUUACUGCGUCCACUUAAAGAGGCAAAAACACAUUAUUAUGAUGUGUGUAGAGCUUCGGAUUCAUAAAUUGAUUUGAUUUAUCGUUGGAUCGCUAGCUUAUUGCAUUAAUAUUCAGAGGAUGAAUGAAGAAGCUCGUUCAUGUGAAGGUGCCAAAACAUCCAAGGGCGAGGACGGAUCGACAAUGUUGAACCCGACCAAUGGCGAUCCAAGCCAUGUUGUUGUGAAUUACGUCGAGGAGUAUUUGGAUCUGGUGGAAUCGCUGCCUUUCGAUUUGCAGAGGAGUGUGUCCCUCAUGAAGGAAAUCGAUGCCAAGUAUCAAGAUGUUCUAAAGGAGCUGGACGAUUGUUACGAACGUUAUCGCAGAGAGUCUGAUGCUCUUCAGAGGAGAAAGCUUCAGUUAUCCAUCCAGAGGGCCCUGAUUCGCAGUCAAGAGCUUGGAGAUGAGAAGAUCCAGAUCGCUGGUCAGAUGGUGGAGCUGGUCGAGAAUCGAACACGACAAAUCGACUGGCAUUCCGAGCUCCUCCUCUCCUCUCAAGAAGUCCCAGAGAGCCACGUUCCCACAGCAACAUCCAUGACGACCACUGCAGCAGCCAUGAUGACAUCAGUAGCAGCAGCCACCAUCACUCCUGGCAAAACCAGCCACCAUGACAAGAAGCGGGACGAGGUCACCCCAGGCUCGGGCAGCGGAGACAAAGCUGGAGGGAAACGCUCGAGACGUCAGAAAAACGGGGAAAAUCGUGAAAGUUACGGGGGCCUGGAGCAUGUCGAGGACGUCGGAGUGGGGGCAUCGAGAGAAAAGAGAGCCAAAACAUCUUCGAAGAAGAAGAAAAGGUCAAAGGGGAAGUCAGAGAGAGAAGUGUCACCUCCAGAUCUGCCGAUCGACCCAGAUGAGCCCACUUACUGCCUGUGUGAGCAGGUGUCGUACGGGGAGAUGAUUGGCUGCGAUAACGAUGAAUGUCCCAUUGAGUGGUUUCAUUUCUCCUGUGUCGGGCUCCAUCAUAAGCCAAAGGGGAAGUGGUAUUGCCCCAAGUGUAGGGGUGAGAAUGAGAAGACUAUGGACAAGGCCUUAGAGAGGGCCAAGAAGGAGCGGGCGUACAACAGGUAGCUCUGUCCGUCUGUUCUCAUGAACACUUUUGCCUAAAAUGUAAUUUUGUCUCGUGUUUGUUUCCAUAUACCGUAAAUGCUGUUGAAAAGCAAAUGAAAUCUGUGAGACGGAUCUUGUACAUAGUUAUUUUUGUAACUGCUGUAUAGCUCAGAACAAGAUUAUACUCCCUUGGUGUGGAAUAUUUGUAAACAAUGGACACAGUACAAUACAAACCUGCAUGAAGCCUACUGUCCUGCACUUACAUCCCCUUUGUUUUCAUCAUGCAUGCAACAUCAACCCAUUUCGUUAUUUGUGCUCAAUUAACAAAUAAAACAUUUCUAAACUAA